GCGCGAUAAAGCGGCAGCUGCAGAGGAAAGUUGAGCCAGUCGAUCCGGAUUUGUUGUGCGUCCUGACGCGCCGGCGGAGCAGCGAGGAUGGGAGCUUCACAGACGCGCACUGAGGCCAACGAGUUCCAGGACCUGAUGGACAAAACUGGAUUUUCAGGGGAGCAGAUCAAAAACCUCCAGAAACGCUUCCUGCAGCUGAGCGGGAACGAAGAGACAAUAAGUAGAGAAAACUUGGACAGCAUACCGGACCUCGCCAACAAUCCAAUCAAAAAGGAAAUAAUCAACGCAUUCUUCGAUAAAAGGAACCAGCAUGAGAGCGAGGUGGGCUCCUUGGAGGAGAUUGGCUUCGAGCAGUUCCUCAUGGUCAUGUCGCAUUUCCGCCCUCCGACCCUGAAGACGACGGAGGAGGAGAAGGAAGCCAUGAGAAAGGAGAAGCUUCGCUUUCUGUUCAACAUGCAUGACACAGACAACGACGGCACCAUCACUCUGGAGGAGUACAGGAAGGUCGUCGAGGAGCUUCUGUCGAAGAGCGGAGACAUCGGGCUGGAGGCCGCCAAGGCGAUAGCAGAUGCCGCCAUGUUGGAGGUGGCGAGCACAAACGUGCCGCACAUGGCCCCGGACGAGUUUUAUGAAGGAAUUACAUUUGAGCAUUUCGAACAGAUUCUAAAAGGCCUUGAGAUGGAGUCCAGGAUGCACAUUCGAUUUCUGGAUGUAGACACCACAACAAUGCGUUGUGGGAAAUCAAAGUCUUGAAGGAGUCGCUCUCGAAAAGACAAAUAUUAAUGUUGCUGCUGUUUUUUGCAGAAUCUCCUUAAACGGAAUGAAGCCGAAUACUUUUUGAUAUAUUUUUGGACGGUGAGAAAAUAAUCAGACUGUUUUUUUAUGGUGAUUAUAUGAAAGAAUGUCUGGUCUCAUGCUGAUGCAGUUUGACAAGAUGGAAAUGUUUUAAAAAUCAAAAGGACAUUUUGCUUCCCCAGCUCACAAUUAACCCCGACCCUCCGAACAUUCUGCUCCUGUCACAUAUUUAAAAAAACUAAACAUGAUUUUCAUUUCUUUUUUUCACGCUUCACUUCACUUCUAUCAGAUUUCACACUAACGCACUACCUCUCUGUGUUCUCCUGCUGUUCUAUAAAUGUGUGACUAGAAUGUCAGUGAAGGAUUCUUCUCAGCUGUGCCCAGCGGCCGCUCUGGUUUCCGUCUGUUUUGGCGAACAUCCAAAACGUGAGAUGCAGACAACAAAUCAUUCCUCUGCAGCUCCAGAGUAGUUUGACGUUGACUUUAUCUGUUCCUCUGAAUCGCUGUAACACUUAUCGUGAUCUCAGAUGAAUUACUACUGAAUACGUUUAAUAAA